AUGAAAAGAACAAGACAUAUUACAGUAUUUAUUUUUUCUGCAUUUUUAUUCUUACUAAAUUAUGCGACAACUAGUCAAUCGGUUAAUUAUGAUAAUGAAAAAAAACAAAUAAAUAAUUUAAAAGAAAGACUAGAAAAUAUAAGUAGUGAUAUUCCAGAAGAUCUUAAAAAUCACUUAAAAGAUAAUUUAAAUUUUUUUAAUAAUUCCCUUGAAGAAGCACAAAAGAGUUUAUUAGACCAACCAAAUAUUUCUACAUCAACACAAGGUAGUGAAAAUAAUACUUCAGGUGUUAGUACUAAUAAUAAUUUAACAAAUCCAAAUGAUCCAACACAAUUAAAUGAACAAGAAUGUCAAUCAAUCAAAAAAUUUAUAAAAGAACUUUUGAGUGCUGCUACAAAUGAUGAACAUGUUAAUACUCCUUUCUCUACAACUUUUAAAAAUGCAUUAGAAAAAGAUGAAUUCCGUGAUAGUAUCACGAAAUUAACAGAAGCACUAUGUGGACAUACAAAAGAUAAUCAUAAUAAUUUAAGAGGAACUAGCCAAAAUGAUUCAGACUAUUUACAUUCAGUAUAUGAUAAGGCCCUUUCUCAUUUAGAUACCUUACAAUAA